UGAUAUAAAAACAAGCCUCGCCAACUUUGAUCGAUGGAGUUUCUACAAGUGAUGGAAGAGAUUAGAGGAGCAUCGUGCAUUUGGGAUUUAACCUUUGUGGACAACAGCUUUUGUUUCUGAGCCUGUGGAGGAUUUAUUUUUCUGUUUUGUACUUUUUCCUCUCUCAUCUUCUGAGGGAAUCAGCUGACAUACAGCAUGGGGAUACUGCUUUUAUUUGCUGUCUUUCAAGUGCUGACAGUCGGCGUGGUGACUGCUGGCUGUCCAGUGGUGUGCGAGUGUCCGGCGGGGCCUCCGUCUUGUCCCCCUGGGGUCAGCUCGGUGCCGGACGGCUGCGGCUGCUGCAAGGUGUGUGCCGCUCAGCUCAACCAGGACUGCCACGAAGGACGGCCCUGCGACCAUCACAAAGGCCUGGAGUGCAACUAUGGCAACGAUGUGGGCCGUACCCAUGGCAUCUGCAGGGCGAAGGCAGAGGGCCGCUCGUGCGAAUACAACGGGCGGAUUUACCAAAACGGCGAGAACUUCAACGCUGGUUGCAAGCACCAGUGCACCUGCAUCGACGGAGCAGUGGGCUGCGUGCCCCUUUGCCCCAGCCACGUGCCGCUGGCGUCCCCUUCCUGUCCGGCCCCACAGCUGAUCAAAGUGCCGGGCCAGUGCUGCCUCACCGUCGACUGCCACAAGGGAACCUCCCUCGUGCCCCCCGUGCACCGUCGUCCCCAACCUCCAGCUUACCCGCCUUACCCAUUCAUUCCCUACCCGGCCUACCCCUUCCCGAAGCCUUAUCCGAAACCUUACCGGAAGCUGUACCCCUACAAACCCAAAAAGGAGAAGGACACCCUGGGGAACGAGCUGGUGGAAGUGGAAGUGGGGGGCAAGCGCAAGUGGGACAAGCCACGUGGAAACAAGCACCUGGCGGCCUGGAAACAGGUGGUAGAUCAAUGUGUGGUUCAGACGACGUCCUGGUCCCAGUGUUCCCGGAGCUGUGGGAUGGGCGUCUCCUCUCGUGUUACCAAUGACAAUGCCCGCUGUAAGCUGAUCAAGGAAACGCGUCUGUGCAACAUUCGGCCCUGCAGCUCCAUGUCUAUGCCUGUCAAGAAAGGAAGGAAGUGCUCCCGUACCCACAAGGCCCCUGAGCCUCACCGCCUGUCCUACGCCGGCUGCCGGAGCACUCGCCUGUACAGGCCCAACUACUGUGGCGUGUGCCGGGACGGCCGCUGCUGUUCGCCCCGCCGCACGCGUACCGCCAGCGUGAGCUUCGCCUGUCCCGACGGCGAGCGCUUCAGCCGGUCCGUGAUGUUCAUCCAGUCCUGCAAGUGCAGCGACGAGUGCAACCACCUGAACGAGGCCGCCAUGCCUCCCCAGCGAUGGCUCUACGGAGACACACACAAGUUCAUCGACUAGUGGUAUCAUCCUCCCCUCCCCCCCCCAAAAAAAAACUUACAUUCCCUCACAACAAAAACCCACCCCAUAGUGAUCCCCAUUAUACAAUAGCUGUCCUUAGUGUAUCUAUAUGAGUAGACGCAAGCGAGGUGAACACGUCAAAACGUCUUUUCUGAAUUUGGGGAGGAAUGGGGAAAGGAAUGCGCCUUGGAAAGAGCAAAGUGACAGCCCCCCCUUUUUUGUUUUUUAGUGUAGAUAAAGAAUUGUUCGUGGCCGUGGCCAGACUUCGACAGACUGCGACAAAACCUUUAAGGACAAACAUGGAUGCAACCAGCUGCCAUGUUGCUGCCAAAUGUCCCCUGAACUCUGAGACUUUUUGUUGGGGACACUGGAACGAAAGCUGACACACACACACACACACACACACACACACACACACACACACACACACACACACACUUGCCCAGGGACCACAGAUGUAAAUUAGCUGUAUAGCUAACUCUGGUACAGGGCUUGAACUGUGCAUGGUCUCUGACAAAUAAACUACACACACACACACACACACACACACACACACAUUGUGUUGAUGGUGUGGACUCACAUCACAGUUAACCAAUAAACCAAAUGAAGACUCACGGAGAAGCAAAAAAAUAAAAAUAAAAAACUGUGAUUGUGUUCGGCAGAAGACGGAGCAGCAUCUUGGAUGUUCUCACAGGGGAACGUGACGGGCUUGUGUCUUUUUAUGGUAUUUAUUCACUGGUAUUUAUUGUCGAGACAGACGGGAUGACGCAGUGGCCUGCCACCAGGGAGGGCGGCCGGGGCGGCUGUGUUUUGGGCACCUCGGCGUGGCUGAACUGAACGGGGGAUCUGAGAGAGGGACAAAACAGCUGAGAGCUGUCAGCCAUGAGAGGGAGAGGACUCCCCUCCCACAGAUCCAGGGCUUGACCCCCUGGGGUGAAGCCCUUUGUAAUGAUGGAUGAUGAAAGCUACAGGAUAAGAGACAGAGUCCACCCUGAUGGGUUGAGGCUUUGUACGCAUUAGUAGGGAGGGAGGAGGGGGGGAUAUGUCAAAAGGUUGUUUACCCAGCUGGACUCGUCCCCUGCCUUGCCUCGGCGAGAAACUGAGACAUUUAGCAAGCACCAGAAGAACAAGCCUGGGAUUCUGGCGCCAAGACGUGGACCGCCUAAUUUUGGGCAAAUUAACAAUCCUGACUGAAGUGGCAGCGAGAGAAAAUCAGCCACUCUGGGGUUUUUUUUUCUGCUUUAAAAAUAAAGAUUUUAAACUGCGUGUGCCGAGGUAAACAUGUCAUUUGCGACUUGCGGCGGUUGGAACCGCUCUCGGUGAACAAUCUGGCCUGUAAUUCAGCUUCUUGCUGAAAACUAAACAAUAACUUGUUCAUGUUUAAGUGUUUGUUGUUCUGAGUAAUGCUUUAGAAGGCUGCGUUGUCAGAUGACAUCACUGUCAUGGCCUAAAAACCUAAUCCUGAGGACAUUUCGGAGAGGGGGGAAAUCUGUAUUUCAUCUUUUGUGGCCAAAAUCCUUCACUGUGACCCUUGCAACUUGGGUUCAAGUUCACGCACCUUAGCCUAGAUUCAAGACCCUUUAUCUCAUGCAAAAGGUGACUCAGAGGGAGUCAUUUCUAUCUUUACUGACUACACAUUUUAAAUGGGUGAUUCUAAAUUAUUUGAAGCACCAUUUUAUUAUUUCAAAAAUGUGUUUUUUUCCCCUCUUGUGCCAUAAGAUAGUGGCUUAGACAUUUGUUUUUAGUUUUCUGUGAAACUGGAAAAUAGAUUUACGUCUCUUGGCUACAGUAGGCUUUUUUGUUGGUUUAUUUUAGUUGCCUCGAAGCCUGACAACCUCGUUAGGGGCUACAUGUGAUUAAAAAGAAAAAAAUGUGUUUUGGUAAUUGUACACCAUUGCUAUUGUAGAUGCUGUGGUGUUGGUACUGUAUGUCUAGUUUUGUUACAGGACACUUUAGAGCAGCUAUGUACAGAUGCAUCGUUACCUUCUUUGUAGUUCUAUCUGCUGUAUAAGGGCCAAUCCUUUGACCGAGUUAUACUGAAGUAGUAAAUGUGUAGUAUAGCACUGAACAACGCACGGUUCAGAUCCUUUACGAGCAUUAAGUGCCAAUUUGAAAGUGUGAUUGUAUGUCUACAAGUGUACAUUAAAACCAUGUGUAAAAAUAGUCAUGCUUUCUGAGAUUACAUAUAUUAAAAAAUAAAAAACUUGUUCAUUCGUAAC